GGGAGGAGGAAGUUGGGAAGGCUCCUGCUGCUUUGGGCAUUUGAUGCAAAGAGGCUGCAGCUGCAGGCUCAGAGAGAAUGCAGCCUCCAGAGGCUGGCUGCCCCGUCAUCCAGUUCCGCCACUGUGGAAAGGACAUCUACUGUUUCAGGGUGCCUGACCUUUGCCCCGUGUGCCAACAGCCCGUGCGUUUCAGGAACCUGGCCGAGGCCCCUGUCAGCAUCGCCACCCCAUUGAUCCAUGGGCACCGAGAGCAGUGCGUGUUCCUGCUCAGGCCAACUCGAGGGACCUUCCUUAGGGACUAUGAUGGAAAUGCUGAUCUCCAUGUUGGAAUAACCAAUACACAUGGAAUUGUAUAUAAUUACAAUGAGCAAGGUGUCCACAGAGAUGAAGCUGGGUGGGAAGAGAGUAUAAGUAUUCCGCUGUUACAGCCCAACAUGUUUGGACUGAUGGACCAAUGGGAUAAGUAUCUGGAAGAGUUCUCUGCAACAGAUGCCUGGUCUCCACACAGGUAUGAAGAACAUUGCCACAACUGUUACACUUAUGCCCUGACAUUCAUUAAUUAUAUACUGACUGCAGAAGGGAAGCAUCAAUUGGACAAAGAUGAAUUCACCGAGAAAUUUGUGGUACCAAGGACAAGGAGAGCUUCCAAGUAUAUCACUCUCUAUCGGGCAAUAGAAGAGCAUGGUUUCUAUACUGUUGAUCGCCUUGGUUCAGAUACAAAUCUUCCCUAGGGGAGCAAUUUUAUGAAUGAAAUUUUAAAAUGCACCUCAGUGUCAAGAAAGGAGAUGAAGUUUGGACAGCUGCUUUACGAGGGAUUGGUUCCUGAACUUUUAGUCUGCUGUACAUUGGGUUGUCAUGGCUGAAGAAUUCAUGCCAGCCUAUUAGCGAUGGGCCUUCUCAUAAUUAGUCUAGUCCUCAGACACAGUCCACCACCAGUACCAUACCCGAAAUCUUUUCUGCAUAACAUGGCACAGCAUAACCUGCCAGAAAUCUUACUUCUUUGCUCCAUCCUUCAAGAAUUUAGAAUAACUUCCCUGCCAUGAUGAGGCUAUUGGAAUUUAAUCUUUAUUUUAAAUUGUAUUGAUGAUGUUUAUAUCACAAUCAUUCCUGGAUAUAUUGCCCCCAUAGCACUGAACCUUACUUUGUUUUUGUUUUUUACAUCACUGUAGCAUCCGAUGCAUUCCUCCUCCACCCAUGCUCCGAGCACCACUCCCAUGUGACAAAGUACUUUUUUAAGAGAGAGAAAGCACAACUGAUACAUUGAAAAAGUCCAAAAGCAAUGUAGUGUGUAACACCUGUGGAAUGGGUGGACUGGAGGUGGCUUCUCUUAUCUAUGCAUUUGAGUCUGACUCUUUUUAACAAAUGAAACAGUUGAGCAAAAACAAUCUAUGUGAUAUUCUUAUCUGAAAGUCUACGUAUCAUUCUUUUCCUGUAGUCUCUAUACCUUUCUGCCAUGAGGAGAAAGAUAUAUUUCAAGACAGGGACUUUUUACAUGACUGGAAAUUACGUUAUACUGCAGUCUCCAAAGAAUCAAAAUUAUGGGUCAACCCAAGGGAAAGACACAGUAGGCAUCAAUAACCUACAACCUAUUACCAAUAUCAAAUGGCUCUUAAGAAGUGGCAUUAAAGGUCAUCAGAGAGAUGUAUAACUGGGAAAGGAACGGGGCUGCUCAUGGAGCCAGAGGGCAUAAUGAAAGCCGUGUUAAAUUGGUAUCCAUGUAAUACUGAGAGAUAGAAAGGAUAUCCAUGUUGGCUGGAGCCCCUGUGGGACAUUUAUAGGAGGACAUGCACAAGAUGGAAAGGGGUAGAUAGGCCGGGUUCUGCACCACAUCCCUGAUGUCACAGAUUCACUGAUGUCUUGCACUACUUAUGUACAUGCAUUGUGGCUAAUGAAAAUGUCCCAAAUAGCAUUUUUCAGUUCACAUCACCCAGUAUAAGUUCUCUCAAAGAUCGCCAUAGCCUCUUUUCCUUCUGUACUUUACUAAAGUUUCUGACCAAUACAAACAACCUUGCAUAGUAACUAUUGACAUUUGAAUUAGCUUCAAUACCCAGACUCGCAAAAUGCUUCUUCAUCCCCUCAUCUCCAAGUCCUCACCAGGAUUGUUUGUCCAUUCAGUCUCCUUCAUUCUUCCAGUGACUGUUUGUGGUUUUGACAUUCUAUGUGAAUUACCGCUACUAUAGCUCUAGCUAGCCCUAAUCUCCCCUAGAGCGCCUGUCCCAAAUCUCCAAUUGCCUGAGCAUCUCUAUUAGAAGGUCCCCAUGGUACUUUUAUCUCAACAUGUCCUGGGCUUAACUCACUAUCAUCGCCACUAAAUCUGCAUCUUCUGCCCAACUUUCCUCCCAUCCUCAGGAUCAGGAUUAAAGCCUACAUCAUUUAUGACUCCUCUUUAGAGGAACUCAGGCACUUAGCUAUUUUAUACUGAUGCAACUUUUUUGGGCUCUUUAUUCCCAUACACAUCUAGAAAAACUUUGAGAGGGCUUUGCCAACUUUUCUGGUGAGAAGGAAAUUAAAGAGCUUGUUAAUUUACUUUGGCACUUUCAUUCCCUAUCUAGUUGAAAUAUUUUGUUAUGGUAUCUCUUUUCAGAUGUGAGAUUUGUGGAAAAAUAUUCAAUUAAAUUAAC